ACGUAACAGCACAGAUCGGAGGUGUUUAUUGUUCCUUCGUUGUGGGGAGAAAGAGACCAGCAAACCAUAGCGCUACACUUAAGAGCUUAAUAAGGCACAUAUUGAGACACAGUACAGAGUAAGACAGGCAGCUACAGCAUCUCCAGCCAUGGCGUAUGCGUACCUCUUCAAAUACAUCAUUAUUGGCGAUACGGGCGUGGGGAAGUCAUGUUUAUUAUUACAGUUCACAGAUAAGAGGUUUCAACCAGUCCAUGACCUUACUAUCGGUGUUGAAUUUGGUGCACGGAUGAUCACUAUUGAUGGAAAACAGAUAAAACUUCAAAUUUGGGAUACUGCUGGUCAGGAGUCUUUCCGUUCCAUUACUAGGUCUUACUACAGAGGUGCAGCUGGGGCUCUCUUGGUUUAUGAUAUCACAAGAAGGGACACUUUCAACCACUUGACAACCUGGUUAGAAGAUGCACGCCAACAUUCCAAUUCCAACAUGGUAAUCAUGCUUAUUGGAAACAAGAGUAUAAUUGAUUUUGUCCAGACACAUGAAGAAGGCAAGAAGGUGAAGAAGGAAGAAGGUGAGGCAUUUGCCAGAGAACAUGGACUUAUCUUUAUGGAAACUUCUGCUAAAACAGCUUCAAAUGUAGAAGAGGCAUUUAUUAACACAGCCAAGGAGAUUUAUGAGAAGAUUCAAGAAGGUGUCUUUGACAUUAAUAACGAGGCAAAUGGAAUUAAGAUCGGACCCCAGCACGCUGCCACCAAUGCAACUCUUGCAGGCAACCAGGGAGGACAACAGGCAGGUGGAGGCUGUUGCUGAGGCCACAUAACUGUAUUUGACUGGUUGGGCCUACUAACCUUUUCUUAACCUUCCCACUCCAGCCCAACCUGCAAAAUCGACUCAUUUACUAGAUUGCUGUUUGUCAAGAGAGAAGCCCAAGUCUUUCAUAAUCCCUGUAAAACUUUGAAGUCUGUCCAGGCUCCAGUAGAAAUGGUUAAAAUUCACUUAAACAAGAUUUUGAGAAUUGUAAUCAUCCUAUUUCCAGGUUAAUUGUUUUUUUUGUUUUUGUUUUUUUUUUGAGGGGGGGGGGGGGGUGGGGUUAAGUGUUUGUUUUGUUUAUUGUGCUCUUUUGACUUCAAACUGAAUUGUACUAAACACUACAAAGUCAUCUUUAGUAUUUUAAUCAGUUUGUGUGGUUAAAUUCCCCAACAACUAUGAAGCUUACCUGAAGCUUAAUAUAAGUGUGUUAAGAGUUGUCAGUCAUUUGAUGAAGACGAAAAAGAAAGGACUGUUUUAAUUCUGUAUUUAUCAUUCACUUUCUGUAUAUAUAGUUAUAACUACAUGUGUUGGUGUAUACCUACCAAGUUAGAAUUCUUUAUUGAAUUUGCUUACAUUCUAUACUGUACAAUUAGAGCUUGAAACUGCAACAGUAUUGCUAUAGUCCAAACCUGCUUUGACAUCAUUUUAAUCCUGUUUGACUUUUUUUUUUUCUUUUUGGUCCCUCUAUUUACCUUUUCCUUAAUUCUCCAGUAAACCCCUAAAACUGCUCCUUAGUGAUAUUGGCUCAAUAUUGUUUAUCUAUUUUAAUGCCAAAUGUUGUGUUUUCUGAAAUAUUUAACCACCUCUUCUCCAGAAACGGAUCACCUCCUCUUCAGAAAUGGAUCAGCUGUUUGCCUUAAAAAACAAAAAAACACACACACACACACACACAUCUCUAUAGUGGUACAACAAAAGAGCAAAGUAUAAUGAGUUUCAUAAUGUGGAUACUUUAAUUAUUUUGUUUAUAUAUAAAAUUUGCUGGUUUGCACUGGUUUUAUUUGUCAGUUAAUUUCAGUGCAGAUCAAUUCUAACUUUAGAAGUCUGAGUGCUUGUGUAAAGAUUUGCUUUUAUUGGCAGUCUGUUCUGUUUUGUAGGUAUAUGGUGAACAUCUUGUCUAUUCUGAAAGGGGUGUGGUAAAAGCUGAAACUGGAGUAUCUUUGUGACCCUCAACUUUAUUACGUGUGUUGGUUCUUCUUAAAAUGAAAUGUUACAACAAUGAAAAAUAAAUUCCUGUGGUUAAACGGAUUGUAAACUGAUACAUAUUCAUUUUGAUGUCUGUGAAAAUGAAAAAUGGUGGUAUAUAUUUUUUGUAUACUGUAAGAAGAAAAAAAGCACAUUUCCAAGAGAAACUAGUCUUUUUUUUUUUUUUUUUUUUUUGCCUCCAGUGUAGUGAUUGUUAUCCAGACAUCUGUAAAACUCCAUUUUCAUUGUGUCAUCAUAGAUUAAGAUGUAAAAGUAAUGUAAGUGUUUAAAUGUGUUUUUAAGCAUGAUUGGUGUUACUAGAUCAUACUUUUAAACUCAAAUAGCCGACCUAUAUUGUUGUAAUGUACGCAUUUAGAUAAUAUGUAUGUAGGAUUAAUUUCAUUUGGUUUCAGCUGUUUUAAAACAGCCUUGGCCUCGCUGAAAAUUGCAUUUGCCGAAAGUAAAAUGAUCUGGUGAUUCUGGCUUUAAUCCAAGUCCCUAAACUGUUUUGGCUGCUUGAAGGAAAAAGAUUGCCAGACCACUUGGAUAUGAUAACAUCUGUAAUAAGAAUUGAAAGGAGUGAUGUCACAAUUUCAUUUUCAGUAGUAAGAUGCAUUUUUUGUUCUGUUUUCUAUGAAUGAUCAAGGGGUAUUAUCCUUGAUAAAGAGCCAAGAUGCCUUAAACCAAUUACACCUUGUUCACUGUAACGUCAUACUUGAUUAUAUUUCUUGAUAUUGAGUACUAAUUUAAUUAAAAUCCUCUUGGGGGUGAGUGUUGUUGAUUAAGAUUCCAAUUCUUGUUAAUUUUAUGUUGCUCCAAGUAAUUGCAUUAGAAGGAAGUCUUGCAAACAUUGAACUCAUGGAAACACUUCCUGCAAUACUAUUCAUUCCCUUGUUUCCAUGCGCCUGACCAAAAGUGGAUCAAAACAGUGUAAGAUGUGGAUCUGAAACAAAAAUAAAUGGGUUUCAACAUACCAAACUGAUUAGGUUUGGUAAACUUGAAAUGCAGCUGGACUUUUGUCACAGUUUUGUGUCUUAUUGUCUCUGGAAACAAGGCAUAUGGAAAGGACUUUUUGAUGUCAAAUUUGUUUCAAAUAUAGUACUGGAAAAGGAAAACAAUGAUAAAAUAAGCGCAAUGCUUGUACUUGCUCAUGUUAUGUGAACACAUUUUCACAUCAUUUUUAAAUCCCAAUAGAGUGUUGUACUUCCUGAUGAAGGUGUUUGCCUCAGGAACUUUAGUCUUGCAUAGGCAUAAAUGUCCAGGUAUGUCGUUUUUAACUUUCUGCUGAAAUAAAAUUGUAUCACCA